AUGGCACACCAAGCGCACAACAUUCCGUGGCAAGCCUUGACCAGUCAUCUCAAGCCCGUCUUCCGCAGGUACGACGGUGCCGAUGGAGACAAGAUGUCGAAUUUUUAUGUCUGCUACAAGCCUCAGCAGGGCAAGCAGCUCACCUACUUUGUCACUGCAUUCGCCCAAAACAUCGAGCAUCACACUCAAUGCGAGCGUAGCAAGCACCCAGAGAUGUACUCGGCGCCCGCCCGGCGCGACCUGAUACUAACCGACGCGGUGGCGAAGAAGCUCGCCCCAACCGUGCUGCGCUUGCGACAACGAUCUCUUGCGGAUUCUGACGGGAGGGACAGAUACACUGGUCAGCCCUUUGACCAAUCCAUGUCGAACGAUGCCACCCGGCUUUUCUGCCGUCACAAGGAUGGCCAACUGGGCUUCGGAUGUGGGUGCGUUAUUCCUUACUGCGAGCGGCAGGCCGCUGCCUUUCUUCGAGAAUACGUGCCAAACCCAUGUUUCCAAUUCUUCCAGCAGAACGCAGAGGCGUUUUACAACCUUGAAAUUCUGAAGCUCUUGUUAUUAUACGGCGAAAUGGAUCCGAUCCUACGCAUUUGCGCUCAUCCCGAAGUCGACUACGAAAAUUGGCAUCACUUCCCCGAUGUGGGUUGGGACCGUAUUUACAUAAACGCAAUAGACGCCUACCUGUGUCUAAACAUAUGUUACUGCUUCCCUGAGAUAUGGGAACCGGCGUCUGGUCGAACGUCGAGGCAGGACUACCGCAACACAUACAUGUACCAACGCGUCAUGGCGAACUGCACGUCAUUCAGAGCCACCUCGGAGGUUCCAGCAUUGCCUCACCGGCAGUUCUUUGGCGUUUCCAACGACGAGACGUACCGCCAACGAAGAGGGGACGUUUUAUGGCAGCGAUGCAAACCCGGCCAUGGGGUACUGCCAUGGAAGGAAUUCCUGGCAGAGGAGAGAUUGACACCGGAUCCUGUUGUCGAGUCCUCCGCCAUCAACUAUGCGUGCAAGAUAUUAAUGGACAAGAGGCUCCCGGCAGAGCUGGUAUCGAGCAUCUUGGACUACGUGGACAGUCCCACGCAGAACAGACUCGAGAAGCCUCUUGACCCGUUCCAUCCGGUCAAUGGUCACCAGUUGCGCCGCUAUUUGACAUAUUGCUGGCAGCUCAUAAUUCGUUGCGGCAUGCUGGCGGGCGCACUGGGCAUGAACUUGGACUGGAAGGCAAUAGUCUCUGAACGCCUGGUUGAGCUUGUCUCGAGAGGUGACGGGAAAUGGUGCACAUAUAGAAUUGACUCUGGAGGUGGUUAUUGGGAGUUUUUGUAA